UUGGUCGCGGCUUGCCUGCUACGGCAACUGAACCAUCAACAAAGCGCAACCUAUCCGCCAAUGGACCCGAGACAGGAAAUUUUUUAUUACGUCGCGAGAGUUGGCGGCGGGUGCGGGCAACUUUUUUCGUUUUUUUUUACUCCGCCUUCAAUGGCAACCUACUUACCAUGACUUGAUGAAAGGAACGAUUGGUCUGAAUCUUCUUCUCCGCUGAAAAUAUGUGGUCGUCCUCAGUGGCAUUAGCGACACUGCUAUUGGUAUCCAUCUUCGUUGCAGAGGUUAGGGCAAGUUUCAUCCAGUACAAUACCAGCGGCGGCAUAGUUGACGGGAAGCUCAAUGUUCAUCUCGUACCUCACACUCACGAUGAUGUAGGUUGGUUGAAGACUGUAGAUCAGUACUAUGUCGGCUCUAACAAUAGCAUACAGGGUGCUUGUGUUGCCAAUGUGCUGGACUCUGUGGUUGUUGCGUUGCUCAAAGAUCCAAACAGGAAGUUUGUUUAUGUCGAGCAGGCUUUUUUCCAAAGAUGGUGGGGAGAACAAAGUGAGGCAACGAAGGAAGUGGUAAAAAAGUUGGUUGAUUCUGGGCAAUUGGAGUUCAUAAAUGGUGGCUGGUGUAUGCAUGAUGAAGCAACAGUUCAUUACAUUGAUGUUAUUGAUCAAACUACUCUUGGUCAUCGGUUGAUAAAGAAACAAUUUAACAAGAUUCCUCGAAUUGGUUGGCAAAUAGAUCCUUUUGGACACUCUGCCGUGCAAGGCUACUUACUUGGUGCUGAGCUUGGUUUCGACUCUAUAUUUUUUGCAAGGAUUGAUUAUCAGGACAGACAGAAACGCAAGCAAGACAAAUCUCUUGAAGUCGUGUGGCGUGGUUCAAGAACUUUUGGUCCUUCCUCCCAGAUUUUUGCAAGCGCCUUUCCUGUGCAUUACAGUCCUCCAGGUGGAUUUCAUUUUGAAGUCAAUGAUAAUGACACUCCUGUCCAAGAUGAUCCUCUUCUUUAUGACUAUAAUGUUGAUGAACGGGUCAAUGAUUUUAUUGAUGCUGCUUUAGCUCAAGCUAAUGUGACACGAACAAAUCAUAUUAUGUGGACAAUGGGUGAUGAUUUCCAGUAUCAGUAUGCUGAAUCUUGGUUCAAGCAAAUGGACAAGCUUAUCAAUUAUGUAAACCAGGAUGGUCGUAUCCAUGCGUUGUAUUCCACUCCUUCAAUUUACACUGAUGCAAAGUAUGCUUCAAAUGAAUCAUGGCCGCUGAAAACAGAUGACUACUUCCCAUAUGCAGAUGGAACCAAUGCUUAUUGGACUGGUUAUUAUACAAGCCGACCAACAUUCAAGCGGUUUGUUAGAGCAUUAAGUGGAUAUUACCUGGCUGCACGCCAACUAGAGUUUUUGGUAGGGAGGAAAUCUUCUGGUCCUGUCACCUCUAUUCUAGGAGGUGCUUUAGGCAUUGCUCAGCAUCAUGAUGCUGUCUCUGGUACUGCAAAACAACAUACAACAAAUGACUAUGCAAAACGUUUGGCAGAUGGAGCUUCUAAGGCAGAGGUUGUUGUCAAUCUUGCUAUUUCUUGCCUUAUUAAUCCUGGAGAGAGAUGUGCCUCUGAUUCCCAUUCGAUUAAGUUAAGCCAGUGCAAUUUGCUCAACAUAAGUUACUGCCCAGCUACUGAAGAAAUUUCAGAAGGGAAGAGCUUGGUAAUGGUUGUAUACAAUUCCCUUGGAUGGAAUCGUACCGAGUAUGUCAAAAUUCCAGUUAAUGAUGACCAUCUGGUUGUACGGGAUGCAAAUGGAAAUGCUAUUGUGACUCAAUUCAUUGAGAUAGAAAAUAAUACCAUUAAGAUUAGAAAUUUUUAUGUCAAGGCAUAUCUAGGCGAGUUGCCUAAAGAUACUCCAAAAUAUUGGCUUGUAUUUGAAGUAUUUGUGCCACCUUUGGGAUGGAAUACUUACUUCAUAUCAAAAAAAGCCAAGCAAGCCUUCUAUGCAUAUGGCCAUAGUUCAACUAUAUCAACACCAGAUAAUGAUACAGUGGAGAUUGGACCCGGGCCUCUUAAAAUGGCCUUCUCAUCAACUUCGGGACAACUGAAAAGAGUGGUGAAUAGCAGAGCAGGAGUUGACUUACCCGUGCAACAAAGCUAUCUCUGGUAUGAUUCUAGUGAGGGUGAUGUUGAAGACUCGCAGGCCUCUGGUGCUUACAUUUUCCGGCCUAAUGGUGCUCCUCCUUCAGCUGCUUCAAGAUCGGUAACUCUGAAAGUUUUGAGGGGACCCUUAGUUGAUGAAGUCCAUCAACAGUUUAAUUCGUGGAUACAUCAGGUCACAAGAGUAUACAAGGACCGGGAAAGUGCUGAAUUUGAGUUUACUAUUGGUCCAAUCCCAACUGAUGAUGGCGUGGGAAAGGAGGUUAUCACUCGGUUAACAGCCAACAUGGUCACAAAUAAGACAUUUUAUACAGACUCCAACGGAAGAGACUUCCUUAAACGUGUUCGAGAUUAUAGAGAGGAUUGGGAACUUAAGGUGACUCAACCAGUUGCGGGGAAUUAUUAUCCGCUCAACUUGGGAAUUUAUCUGACAGACGGGAAGUAUGAGCUCUCUGUACUUGUUGAUAGUGCUUGUGGAGGCUCUAGCAUUCAGGAUGGUCAAUUGGAGAUCAUGCUUCAUAGGCGGCUACUUUUUGAUGAUGGAAGAGGUGUUGGAGAAGCCCUCGAUGAAGAAGUUUGUACUUCUGAUGGGUGUGAGGGUCUUACGGCUAGAGGGAAAUAUUACAUGAGCAUCAACCAAAUUGGAAGUGGUGCAAAUUGGCGGCGAACAAAUGGUCAACAGAUAUACUCACCAGUUCUUCUAGCAUUUACCCAUGAGGAUGAGAGAAUUUGGAAAUCUUCUCAAAUUACAAAGGCUACUACCAUAGAUCCGAGUUAUAGUUUACCUCCCAACAUUGCACUUAUCACACUUGAGGAAUUAGAUGAUGGCUCUGUGCUCCUGCGUCUGGCACAUUUAUAUGAGGCCGGGGAGAGUGUCCAAAAUUCAGUAUUAGCUGAGGUGGAACUGAAGAAAAUUUUUGCUGGAAAAACGAUCAAGGAACUGGUAGAAACAAGCUUAUCAGCAAAUCAAAACAAAUCAGAAAUGAAGAAAAGGAAUUGGAGAGUUGAAGGAGACAGCACAAGCCAUCCAGCUCCACUUAAAGGUGGUCCUGUGAACAAUUCUACCUUAAUUGUUGAGUUGGGUCCUAUGGAGAUUCGCACUUUCUUACUGAAAUUCUAAGAACGUGCGUGCUGUAAAUUUCCUCAUCUUCAUUUGAAAAUAUAUGACAUGAUGCAAUUCAACAUUUUGAUGCUAAA